UUCUUUCCCCUUUGUCUUUGCCUUUGCUCUUGUCCUCCGUUGACAUCAUUUCACCACAUCUCUCUCUCUCUCUCUCUCUCUCUCUCUCUCUCUCUCUCUUAUAACUCUUCUUCACCACUUUUAGUCUUUCCUCUGGCUCUUCCGGCAGCGAUGCAAGGCCUACGGCGUUGCACAAACGACGUCGUCCACCUGGGCCUCUCCCCCUCCCCGACCCCGGCCUCCCCUCCCGGCCCUCCCUCCAACAACCCCUCCUCCCUUUCCAUCGACGUGGCUGAGUCCCCCGAGACCCGCAUCCGCCGCCUCAUCUCCGAGCACCCCGUCAUCAUCUUCAGCCGCACCUCCUGCUGCAUGUGCCACGUCAUGAAGAAGCUCCUCGCCACGAUUGGGGUCCACCCCACCGUCAUCGAAUUGGACGAUCACGAGAUCGCCGCCCUCCCCUCCUCCUCCUCCUCGGACGACAACAACAACGAAGAACAGCAACAUCAGCAACAACCUUGUAAUACUCCGCCCGCCGUUUUCAUUGGCGGCACGUGCGUCGGUGGCCUCGAAUCUCUCGUGGCCCUCCACCUCAGCGGCCACCUCGUCCCCAAACUGGUCCAAGUCGGUGCCCUCUGGGGAAAAAAAGAGCGAGUUUGUAUUGUACUGAAAUACUCGCGCUUUCAGUGUCGUAUACGGGACAUGUUUGCUGAAUUACGUACAUCGAUCGCUUCUGAUCCACGUCCAACGACUUCGAUCUAGAUUCUAAACAGUCUUGCUCAGUCCGAAGUAAAUUGGGCCCCACACUCCCUGAUGAUGAUACUAUUAAAGCAAUUAUUGGACCAUCAGGAGCUUCAGGACCGUCCGAUCUGUGGACUUCCUGGUAGGUAGACCGUAGGUAGUUCUAGCUUUAGCUCUCUCUGAAAGUCCUGGGUUCUGGGUAGUGGCAAUGGAAUGUGAUGUAUAUUUUGUCCUACUUUAAUAUAUAGAUUGUAAAUUUACCCCUUUUUUAAUUUGAGGGAAACAAAAUGUUAUUUGUAGUCAGUUUGAUAUAAAUGGCUAGGACGGACGAUGAGAUGAGUACCGGUGUGGGUCUCUCUUGCAAUUAUUGAUCAAUCAAGGCCGUUGAAAUUGUAGUAUAUUCUUUGAUUCCCAAGUAAACAACAGUGACUGGUCGUCGUAGUA